UAAAAACAACAAAUGAAAUCCAUUUUGUGGUCUUUUAGACUGAUUUCAUUUUGAAGAUCUUGACAACAUUUUUCAUUCUUAUGCAUCUGUCCAAAUCUCAUUGUAUUUGAUUUAGUAGAACCAUUUCAUCAAUUUAGUCCUACAUUUGGAAAACUAUAUAAAGGAACCAGAAAAUCAUUUUUCUACACGAGUUCAAAAUUCACCAUCACUUGUACAAUUCUUAUAUUGCUUCUGGAAAUGGAAUCUGAAUACUUAAUGGGAAGAAUCAUGGCUUCUUUGUUGGGGUUUGUGUUGUUGUAUAGAUUAACAGCAAAUAAGAAAGCCACAACAUCAAGAGGAGUUGCAAGAUAUGAAAAAUUAGAGAGCUCUGAAAAUGGAAUAGACCAGGCAGAGAAAGACAAGAAACCAGAUGUAAUUAUUGUUGGAGCUGGGGUUGCAGGUUCUGCUCUUGCUUAUACUCUUGGCAAGGUAACUCUCUCUGUCUAUUACUUCUUGUGUGCUUGCUUUUUAAUCUAUCAGAAAUAUGUGAUUUACGUCCUUCUUUCCUUCUCUCCAAUGCAGGAUGGAAGGAACGUGCAUGUGAUUGAAAGAGACUUGACUGAGCCUGACAGAAUUGUUGGAGAACUUCUCCAACCUGGUGGCUACCUCAAACUAAUUGAGUUGGGACUUCAAGAUUGCGUAGAAGACAUCGAUGCCCAACAAGUAUUUGGAUAUGCUCUUUACAAGGGUGGAAGAAGUACUAAACUUUCCUAUCCCUUGCAAAGCUUUGAUUCUAACGUGUCUGGCAGAAGCUUUCACAAUGGACGUUUCAUCCAAAGGAUGCGAGAAAAAGCUGCUAGUCUAACCAAUGUAAGAUUGGAACAAGGAACAGUAACAUCCUUGCUUGAAGCAAAUGGAACAAUCAAGGGUGUCCAAUACAAAACAAAAACUGGUCAAGAACUUGCUGCAUCUGCUCCACUAACAAUAGUUUGUGAUGGUUGUUUUUCAAACUUGCGACGCUCUCUUUGCAAUGCCAAGGUUGAAAUCCCCUCUUGCUUUGUUGCUUUGAUAUUGGAGAACUGUGAGCUUCCAUACCAGAAUCACGGACAUGUUAUUCUGGCAGACCCUUCACCAAUCUUGUUCUAUCGUAUUAGUAGCUCAGAAAUUCGUUGCUUGGUUGACAUACCAGUAAGCCAAAAACUGCCAUCAAUUUCCAAUGGUGAAAUGGCCAACUAUUUAAAAUCCAUAGUGGCUCCCCAGAUUCCUCAUGAGCUAUUUGAUGCUUUCAUUUCUGCCAUUAACAAAGGAAGCAUCAGAACAAUGCCUAAUAGGAGCAUGCCUGCUGCUCCUCAUCCCACUCCAGGUGCUCUUCUUUUAGGUGAUGCAUUUAACAUGAGGCAUCCUUUAACUGGAGGAGGAAUGACUGUGGCGCUUUCUGAUAUAGUUGUUCUAAGGAAUCUUCUUAGACCUCUACAUGAUCUAAGUGAUGCAUCUGGCCUUUGUGAAUAUCUUAAAUCUUUCUACACACUUCGCAAGCCAGUGGCAUCUACUAUAAAUACAUUGGCAGGAGCCUUAUACAAAGUCUUUAGUGCAUCACAUGAUCCAGCACAAGAUGAAAUGCGUAGAGCAUGUUUCGACUACUUGAGCCUCGGAGGUGUAUUUUCAAGUGGACCUAUUGCUUUACUCUCAGGUUUAAACCCUCAGCCAUUGAGCUUGGUUAUGCACUUCUUUGCUGUGGCUGUCUAUGGUGUUGGUCGCUUGGUAUUUACAUUGCCAUCUGCCAAGAGGAUAUGGAUGGGGGCUAGAAUGAUCUCAGUUGCAUCAAGGAUUAUAUUUCCAAUAAUAAGAGUUGAAGGAGCUCAACAUAUGUUCUUCCCAAAGGUCAUGGCAAAAUACUGCAGACCCUUAGCUCUUUGAAAAUUGAAGCAAGCAAAAUGAAUGGUACUUGACGGCAUAGCUAAUCAA